UAGACUCUAUGCGAUUGGUAGGAUGGGAAGCUAUAUAUAGACGUCAUUGAAACUAAGGCCCUCUUUCUCUCCGAUCUUUGAGAGGCCUCCAUACGGCGUUGUUACCGCGUUUCCUGUCGUUGCUUUAAAAGGAAACUUACACAAUGUCCGGAGCUCUUGAUGUCCUACAAAUGAAGGAGGAAGAUGUCCUCAAAUUCCUUGCUGCAGGAACCCAUUUGGGAGGCACCAAUCUAGACUUUCAGAUGGAACAGUACAUCUAUAAAAGAAAAAGUGAUGGUAUUUACAUCAUCAAUCUGAAGAGAACAUGGGAAAAACUGCUUUUGGCAGCCCGUGCCAUUGUUGCCAUUGAGAACCCGGCUGAUGUGAGCGUUAUCUCCUCCAGGAAUACUGGGCAGCGUGCCGUUCUGAAAUUUGCUGCUGCUACUGGUGCUACACCAAUUGCUGGCCGUUUCACUCCUGGCACUUUCACCAAUCAGAUCCAGGCUGCCUUUCGUGAGCCUCGCCUUUUGGUAGUCACUGAUCCAAGAGCUGAUCAUCAGCCAUUGACCGAAGCAUCUUAUGUAAACAUCCCCACAAUUGCUUUGUGUAAUACAGAUUCUCCUCUGCGCUAUGUGGAUAUUGCAAUCCCAUGCAACAACAAGGGGGCUCACUCAGUCGGUCUGAUGUGGUGGAUGUUGGCUCGUGAGGUCCUACGUAUGCGUGGCACUAUUUCCCGUGAGCACCCAUGGGAGGUCAUGCCUGAUCUCUACUUCUACCGGGAUCCUGAAGAGAUUGAAAAGGAAGAGCAGGCUGCAGCUGAGAAGGCAGUUACAAAGGAAGAAUUCCAAGGUGAAUGGACUGCACCUGCACCUGAAUUCACUGCUCCUCCACAGCCUGAGGUGGCUGACUGGUCUGAAGGAGUGCAAGUGCCCUCUGUGCCAAUACAAACAUUUCCAGCUGAGGAUUGGAGUGCACAGCCUGCCACUGAAGAUUGGUCUGCAGCUCCCACUGCUCAGGCAACUGAGUGGGUAGGCACUGCUACAGAAUGGUCAUAAUAUAGCAACAGGAAUUCAUUAAUACAGUGACAAAUAAAGAUCUUUCUUGUGAUCA